AAUGAAAUGACAAGCAAAAUAAAUACCAAAUACCAACCAACCAAACUCAAGGCACUCAAGCGUCUCGUCUCGCCGUCGCCUAGCACAAGCGCUGACAAUUCGAACAAAGCAAUCCUACGAAUAGAAGUUUAUUUAUAUUACUCUAAUUUUAUCAAAUUCAAAUAAUAAAGACUGCUCUAGUGCGAUAAUAUUAACGUUAAGUAAAGUUCGUUGAUCUAAGUUCAAGAACAACACAAAGCUUGAAAAAUGCCGGCGAGCAACAUUGACUCCUACCUGCAGGACGCCAGAAAUAAUUUCGAAGCCGAGCGACCCGCUACUAUUUGUACCGAUGCCAAUCAAUCAAUAGGCCAAUGUCAGAAUGUUCACAUAUCCACAAACUGCUACUAUGGCUAUCACGACCUGAAAACUCGCGAUAGCAACCACGUUGACACGGAUUGCGAAAUGGUCGAAUUGGAAGUUGUUCUCGCUGACAAAACGACGCCCUUAGAGACUUCGAGGAAGCGGAGUGCUGAUGAUGAAGACUAUCCUCAGAGGAAGCGUGUUCGAGAAGAGGGUAUGGUGCCAUCGACUUCCAACUACCAUCCAUGUUUCCUACGUCCAACACACAACAAUCCAGACAUAUCUCGUUGUCUCAUGGUCCAUAUGAUCUAAUCUCUACUGCAAUGACAAAAAUUAAUUUAAGAAAUGUCCAUUUUAUCUGCAGAAGUACAAAGAGAGAAAACCAAUGAACCUGAGACAAUCGAGUCUGUGAAAUUGGAAACAAGUACAGAAGAUGUCAUGGAGUCUUUAUAUUGGAACAUUCAUGGAGGAAAUAUUUUUCAUUUAAUACAGUGCCUGUGACGAUAAUAGAUUAUAUGUGAAUAUUGUGUAAUAUUUUUAAGAUUUGAGUGAUUGGGACAUUAAGAAUUAUGCAUUAGUACUGUGUACACAACAAAUUGGCAUAAUGUGACUUGUUUAAUAAAAUUGUAAUAGGUAAA